UUUUUUCGUUCUCACCUUCCCUUGUGGCAUUUUCCUGUCUGUUGUUGACCUUAUCAUCACCAACAUUCGCCCAUCAUGCCGCUGUUGUCAGGUGAGGAGCGAGUCCUCACUGUCUUCGCCGAUAUCCAUUAUUUUUUCGCAGCACCAAGCCCACGACCUCUUCGCCACCGAUUUGAUAAAGGUUCCUAUCUAUAUCUUUACCAGAGUUCCGCCCAGCGCAAGACCAGAAUUGAAAUCGCGAACAACCCGGGCACCCCGGAGCAAGACGCUUUCAGUGGGGCUCUGGACAAGAUCCAUGUGCGACAUUCGACCCAAUUCCCGACUUUAUGCACGGUAACGGUAGACGGACAUUCGCAAAGCCCAGCACAGAAUGUGCCUAGUUUCCCUCCUCCACCGGGCACCGCGGCUGAAUGGGAGCUAGUGCAAGAUGAAUCGCAGGGCUUAAUGCGCCUUCACACCCUGGACAUCUACUUUUGGACCGUGGAAGAUGCGAACCAAUUUCUCGAUAUUAUCGAGCGGAAUUUGCCUGCAGCGCAGGUCGAAUCUGACCGACAUCCAUAUCCGCCUCCACCUCAGAGUACCAUCAGCUCGGUGGUCCAACAGUUGGAGACUGUGGCUAUCACCGACCCCGCAUAUCAGAAUGGACAGACACGCAACUCUCAAGCAGAAGUAGUUGCCAACCCUGCCUCCAACUACCAAGCCAUUACUCCAUCAAGCAUCCUUCCUCCUCCGCCUCCAUUGGCCUCCGACCCCGUCCACACAGGCUCGCAGUUUGCAUCGAAUGAGCAGCACCCGGACUCUGCUUCUCAAUCCGGUCCUCUUCCUUAUAACCCCGCCGCGCCAGCUGCGCCGGAACCCAUCAAGCACCGCGAAAAGACCCCUCCACCAGAGGACUAUGCCAAUGGAACAGGCCUCGCGGCGGCGGCCGCUGCACCCGACCAGGGGUACCCAUUUUCUUCUUCUGCCGCUCCUCUGUCACCGGGUCUCUCAUCUCUGGUGUCCUCCCCUACUUCACCAGCACCCCAUGCAACCGCAACAAUGCCAGGAACCUACGCGUCCCCGCCGCCAAGCACAGGGCUGAGCUUUUCCCCUUCGGUGACCCGAUCCUCAUCCCUCUCCAAUCCCCUUGGAGUCCCGUCGUAUACACCAUCAUUUCUUUCCGGCGAAAGCACGGGAUACCAGCAUCAACAGCAUCCGCACCAGCCUCGAAGCUCCCUCGGCAGCACAGGCUCCCUUCCUGGUCCGCCUCAAGCAACUACCAUGACUUUCGCACCACCACCCACAGACACUACUGCCCAGCAUACAAGCCCAACCACGAUGACCUUCGCGCCUCCACCGACGGAGCCCAUCUCGCCUCCUUCACAAACCCAGCCCCAAGCCCAGCCCCAAGCCCAAGCCCCUUCCUAUGCCAACCAAUACCCAUACCAACAAGGACACGCGCAAACCACGCCCCCGCCCCCCAUCCACCCGGCCGUAGCCAUCGCCGGUUACUCAAACUACUCGUAUGAGCAACCAGGCUCGACUUCCUCCGUCGCGGGCAGCAAUGCACCCGCAGACUACGACAUCCACCGCCAAAUGUACCGACCGACAGAAGCAGAAGCCACGUCGCGGCACCAGAAGUACGCGCAAGAGGCGAUGAAGAACCCCGGGGAUCGGCCGCAGAUGUUUGUGAAGAGUGCGUACCGAGUAGAGAACAGUGUGAACCGGUUUUUGAAGAAGUUGGAGAAGCGGUUGUAGAUGUUGCCUGUCCCGUUCGCUCGGCAGAGGACGUCGAUGUUUUCUGGAUUGUAUGUACUCUGCUCUUAUUGCUUAGGCGUUCGGGGAUGGAAAGUAGCUAGCUAGUUUGUCUAUUUCUAAGUGAUGGUCUAAGUCCC